CCACACAACCGCCGCACUGACUGCAACCUGCCAAUGAGAGGAGGAGAGACAGACGGAGGAGAGAAAGACACGGAGGAACACAAGCUACCAUUAAGGCUUUUUUUUCAUCCUUAUGAAUCCCUACAUAUUUUUAGGAGGGUAGGGUGAAUUCGGUGGAUAAAAAUAAAAAAAAAACUUGUUUUUUUUAUCUUCUUUUUUUGUUUUUUUUCGUCUACGCAGUGGAUGUUCUUUGAGCAGCAGACGCCCGAGCUUGCAAAGCAGGUGUGAGAGACAGCGGCGACCGCUCCUCUCCUUCCCUGUUUCCAAGGGGGAAAUGUCGAGCGAGAAGCCGCUUUCAGCACCGCCGGGCUCCGCUUCCUCGCUCACGGACACAGACCGAGACUCCCACCCUCCUCCUCCUCUUCCUCCACCUCCUCCUCCUUCUCCGCCGCCGGGCUCCUCCGCUCCGCCGCAGCAGGUCGUCGCCACCGCUGCCGCCGCCGUCGCCGCGGGCGCUGGCUCCGGCUCCAACAACAGCGGGGAGAGGAUGGUGUCCGCAGCCGGCUCCAUGGUUCUCCCGGCCGGGGUGAUCAACCCCAGCGUUCCGAUCAGGAAUAUCCAGAUGAAAUUCGCCGUGCUGGUGGGCCUGAUCCAGGUCGGCGAGGUUAGCAACAGGGACAUUGUGGAGACGGUUUUGAACCUGCUGGUCGGCGGGGAGUUCGACCURGAGAUGAACUUCAUCAUCCARGAGGCCGAGAGCAUCGGCUGCAUGGUGGAGCUGCUGUCCCACUGCGAGGUGACGUGCCAGGCCGAGAUCUGGAGCAUGUUCACGGCCAUCCUGCGCAAGAGCGUGCGCAACCUACAAACCAGCACGGAGGUCGGCCUCAUCCAACAGGUGCUGCUCAAAAUGAGCUCCGUGGACGACAUGAUCGCAGACCUCCUGGUAGACAUGUUGGGAGUUUUGGCCAGUUACAGCAUCACAGUGAAGGAGCUGAAGCUGCUCUUCAGUAUGCUGAGAGGGGAGAAUGGCAUCUGGCCAAGACAUGCUAUCAAGCUCUUGUCAGUGUUGAACCAGAUGCCUCAGAGGCACGGUCCCGACACUUUCUUCAACUUUCCAGGACGCAGUGCAGCGGCUAUCGCAUUGCCACCCAUYGCCAAAUGGCCAUACCAGAACGGAUUCACUAUCAACACCUGGUUCAGGCAGGAUCCACUCAACAACAUCAAUGUGGAUAAAGACAAACCCUACCUCUACUGUUUCCGAACGAGUAAAGGAAUCGGUUACUCGGCUCACUUUGUGGGAAACUGUCUGAUCGUGACGUCGCUGAAGUCCAAAGGAAAAGGCUUUCAACACUGUGUGAAGUAUGAUUUCCAGCCUCGUAAGUGGUACAUGAUCAGCAUCGUGCACAUCUACAAUCGCUGGAGAAACUCCGAGAUCCGCUGCUAUGUCAACGGUCAGCUCGUCUCCUACGGUGACAUGGCUUGGCACGUCAACACCAACGAUAGCUAUGAUAAGUGUUUCCUGGGUUCAUCAGAGACAGCAGAUGCGAACAGAGUGUUUUGCGGUCAGCUGGGUGCUAUUUAUGUUUUCAGUGAAGCUCUCAACCCGGCUCAGAUCUUUGCCAUCCAUCAGCUUGGUCCAGGAUACAAGAGCACCUUCAAGUUCAAGUCAGAGAGCGACAUCCACCUGGCCGAGCACCACAAGCAGGUACUGUACGACRGCAAGCUGGCCAGCUCCAUCUCCUUCACCUACAAUGCCAAGGCCACCGACGCCCAGCUCUGCUUGGAGUCAUCGCCCAGGGAGAACCCCUCCAUCUUCGUGCACUCGCCGCACGCGCUCAUGCUCCAGGACGUGAAGGCCAUCGUUACCCACUCCAUCCAUAGCGCCAUCCACUCUAUAGGAGGCAUCCAGGUCCUGUUCCCUCUCUUCGCUCAGCUGGACUACAAACAGCUUAAUGAUAGCAGCGUGGACACCACAGUCUGUGCUACUUUGCUGGCGUUCCUGGUGGAGCUGCUGAAGAGCUCAGUGGCCAUGCAGGAGCAGAUGCUGGGAGGGAAAGGCUUUCUGGUGAUUGGAUACCUGCUGGAGAAGUCGUCACGGGUCCACAUCACCAGGGCGGUCCUCGAACAGUUCCUGUCGUUUGCGAAGUAUCUGGACGGUUUACCUCACGGAGCGCCGCUCCUCAAACAGCUCUGUGACCACGUCCUGUUUAAYGCCGCCAUCUGGAUACACACUCCUGCCAAGGUCCAACUGUCCCUCUACACGUACUUGUCAUCCGAGUUCAUCGGCACCGCCACCAUCUAUAACACCAUUCGUCGCGUUGGUACGGUCCUGCAGCUGAUGCACACCCUGAAGUACUACUACUGGGCCAUAAACCCUUUGGAGUGCAGCGGGAUCACCCCCAAAGGUCUUGAUGGACUUCGACCAACUCAAAAGGAGAUCAUCUCGCUCAGAGCCUUCAUGCUUCUUUUCCUCAAACAACUCAUACUGAAGGACCGAGGCGUCAAAGAGGACGAGUUGCAGAGCAUCCUCAACUAUCUUUUGACCAUGCAUGAGGAUGAGAAUAUCCACGAUGUGCUCCAGCUGUUGGUGGCUCUYAUGUCUGAACACCCAGCAUCCAUGAUUCCUGCUUUUGACCAGAGGAAYGGCAUAAGGGUGAUCUGCAAGCUCCUGGCCUCGAAGAGCGAAAGCAUACGAGUUCAGGCGCUCAAAGUUCUCGGCUACUUCCUGAAGCACCUCGGUCACAAGAGGAAGGUUGAGAUCAUGCACACACACAGUCUGUUCACGCUGCUGGGGGAACGGCUGAUGAUGCACACCAACACUGUUUCCAUCACCACCUACAACACUCUGUAUGAGAUCCUGACCGAGCAGGUCUGCACUCAGGUGGUCCACAAACCCCACCCUGAGCCUGAUUCCACUGUCAAGAUUCAGAAUCCCAUGAUUCUAAAGGUUGUGGCCACCCUGUUGAAGAACUCCACCCCGAGUGCCGAGUUAAUGGAGGUCAGGAGACUCUUCCUCUCCGACAUGAUAAAACUCUUCAGUAACAGCCGUGAAAACCGCCGCUGCUUGUUGCAGUGCUCCGUGUGGCARGACUGGAUGUUUUCUCUUGGAUACAUCAACCCCAAGAACCCGGAGGAGCAGAAAAUAACCGAGAUGGUGUACAACAUCUUCAGGAUCCUCCUCUACCACGCCAUCAAAUAYGAGUGGGGAGGGUGGAGGGUCUGGGUCGACACCCUGUCCAUUGCACACUCUAAGGUGACCUAUGAAGCCCACAAGGAGUACUUGGCUAAGAUGUAUGAAGAGUAUCAGCGUCAGGAGGAGGAAAACAUGAAGAAGGGAAAGAAAGGUUCCGUCUCUACGAUAUCUGGCCUCUCGGCCGCGCCGGCCUCCGUGGUCAACGGCAGCCUGGAGAUCGAUGACAACUCUCAGACGCAGACUCCCGAGAGCGAAGCCGAGUAYGGCGAGGGAGCCGGCGGAGACUCGCGCAACCUCCUCGCUGACGGCGCUGUGAAGCGGCCGAAUGGCGAGGCUCUGACGCCAGGCGAGCAGAGCGCCGGCCCGGGGGUGAGGGUGGAGGUCCACGACCUGCUGGUGGACAUAAAGGCUGAAAAGGUGGAGGCCACGGAGGUGAAGCUGGACGACCUGGACCUGUCUCCAGAGGGCAUUAGCGGGGGGGAAAAUGGACCUCUUGUGGAAGUGGAUUCUCUCUUGGACAGCACGUACUGCUCCGUGGUGCAGAACCUGAACGGGAAUCUGGCUCCGAAGGAUGAGGCGCCGGGUUCGAGGGCGGGAAUYGGGACGAGCCUGGGGCUGUCUGGCGUCAGCAUAGAGGAGGAUGGAAACAUGGGUCCUCUCAUCACAUUAGCUGAUGACAAAGACAGUGUUCCAAGCAACAAUGGAUUCCUGUUCAGCAAGGUUGAUGAGAAACUGCUUCCAGCUCUGGCAGCAACAGACCCCCUCGUGCUGCCCGGUCCAGACCAGCCCACUUCGUCGAGCGCCGUCCCCCCUCACUCCAGCACCAGCGCCAGCGAUGACCUCAGCCUGCUGGCCCACAUGACCAGCUGUGGCUCGGAUCUGACCCAGAGCCACGCUGCCGGCGAGCUUCCAGAGGACGGGCCGUUCAAGAUCCAGAGCUCUCUCGCUGACAUCAGCUCCAUYGCCGAGAGCCAGACCCAGCUCCAAGGAGCGCCGAGACCAGAUUUCCCAGAGGGAGAGGGCACRACCGGGGCAGAGGGGGAGUCUGUGGGAUUUAAGACCGGAGGGGACACGGCAAGCACUACUUCUGAUACAGAGAGGUCAGAUGAUGGCAAGGAUAAGGACAUAAAGAAGAUUCAAACUACUGCAACAACACAGGCCCUCCACGGUCGGACUGCAGCGCAGCUGGAGCGGGACUUGCGGGUGGAUCUGGGUUUCAGAGGCAUGCCCAUGACGGAYGAGCAGCGGCGUCAGUUCAGUCCCGGCCCACGCACCACUAUGUUCCGCAUCCCAGAAUUCAAGUGGUCCCCGAUGCACCAGAGGCUGCUCACCGACCUCCUCUUUGCUCUGGAGACAGACGUGCACGUAUGGAGGAGCCACUCCACCAAGUCAGUGAUGGAUUUUGUGAACAGCAAUGAGAACAUCAUCUUCGUCCACAACACCAUCCAUCUCAUUUCUCAGAUGGUGGACAACAUCAUCAUCGCCUGCGGAGGCAUCCUGCCUCUGCUGUCAGCUGCCACCUCCCCCUCCAGUUCUAAGAGUAGUGCCAACACUAAGGCAGGAGGAGCCGGACCCCAGAGGGGUUCUAAAGGAGAGGAGGUGACCCCUGUUCCUGGGGGAGGAGGUGCAGGGGGAGAGACGGAGCUGGAGAACAUCGAGGCGACGCAGGGCAUGUCUUCAGAAACGGCCGUCACGUUUUUGUCCCGCCUCAUGGCCAUGGUGGACGUCCUGGUGUUCGCCAGCUCCCUCAACUUCAGCGAGAUCGAAGCGGAGAAGAACAUGUCGUCGGGAGGGCUGAUGAGGCAGUGCCUUCGUCUCGUGUGCUGUGUGGCGGUCAGGAACUGCCUGGAGUGCAGGCAGAGACAGAGAGAUCGAAGUUGCAAGUCAUCUUUAACCAGCAGCAAAUCCCAGGACAGCCUCCACAGUGUCUCCACCACCAGCAAGCAGGAUCCGGACAGGCUCCUACAGGACGUGGACAUCAAUCGUCUCCGAGCUGUGGUGUUCAGAGACGUGGACGACAGUAAGCAGGCUCAGUUUCUGGCGCUGGCGGUCGUCUACUUCAUCUCGGUCCUGAUGGUGUCCAAGUACCGGGAUAUUUUGGAGCCCCAGAGGGAGAUUGGCAGGUCCACCAGCCUAUCAGGGAGAAGCAUCCGUCAUGAGAUCAACUCUCCAACCAGUACAGAGCACCCGUCCAACGCCUUCUCUGAUCGCGACAAACAGACCCCCACCCCGGUGGAUGACUCCCCCUUGGCCGGCCUCCCCCACACGGACUCCGGCAUCGGCGAGGAGGGACACGUUGCCGGGUCCCUGAAUGGCUCCGAGAUGGGUCUGGGGCUCGGCUUGGGUCUGGUGGGGCGAGAGACGGACAGAGACCGGGACAGGGACAACGGAGGGGCGGGAAGCGGGGCAGGAAGCACGGACCUGCUGUGCAGUCUGUCGUCAGAUGUGCAGAGGUCGCAGGAGAGCCUUCUGGAUUCGCCGCACAACCCCAGGUCCACUCCGGGCUCCGGCCAAGCCCCGCCCUCUUCCAUCUCCAGCAUCAGCCAAACAAACAAAGGCAUCAAUGUUAAGGAGAUUCUGAAGAGCUUGGUGGCAGCUCCUAUUGAUGGAGCCGAGUUGGGCCAGGAGUCUGGACCGACGCCCUAUCACCCGGACCCCGCCCUGAAGACGCAUCCCAUGCUGCCCAUGCAGUUCCACUCCUUUGAUCGGAGUGUUGUGGUUCCAGUAAAAAAGCCGCCCCCUGGUAGCCUGUCGGUUAACACGGUGGGCACGCCCACUACCAGUGGAGCUGCCACUGCCGGCAGCACACCCAACAUUUUUGCUGCUGCAACAGCAACACCCAAGAGCAUGAUCAACACUACAGGUGCCACAGACUCUGCCUCCUCGUCUACUUCCUCCUCUUCAUCAUUUGUUAACGGUGCAACGAGUAAAAAUCUGCCAGCGGUGCAGACGGUGGCCCCGAUGCCAGAAGACACCAUGGAGAAUAUGAGUGCCUAUUGUGAGGUGGCGCAGUGUGCGCUGCGCAGCGGUCAGACGCCCCCUGAGCUCAAGUCUUUUAGCUCUCUGGCAGGCUUCCAGGCAGCCCCCCGAGAUGCAGGACAGUGUUUUAGCAUCACCACCAAGCUGGAGCGCGCUCUGGAGAAGGUGGCGCCGCUGCUGAGGGAGAUUUUCGUGGACUUCGCCCCGUUUCUGUCCAGGACGCUGCUGGGUAGCCAUGGGCAGGAACUGCUCAUAGAAGGUACAGGAGUGGCAGAACUCAAUUCAGAAGAAUGCUGGCCUGGCCUUCAUUGAGCUCAUCAAUGAGGGAAGACUCCUGUGCCACGCCAUGAAGGAUCAUAUUGUCCGUGUUGCCAAUGAAGCAGAGUUCAUCCUGAACAGGCAGAGRGCUGAGGACGUCCACAAACAUGCAGAGUUUGAGUCCAACUGCGCUCAGUACGCUGCGGAUCGCCGAGAGGAGGAGAAAAUGUGCGACCAUCUCAUCAGCGCUGCCAAGCACAGAGAUCACGUGACUGCAAACCAGCUGAAACAGAAGAUCCUCAACAUCCUGACCAAUAAGCACGGAGCGUGGGGGACAAUGUCACAGAGCCAGCUCCACGACUUCUGGCGCCUGGACUACUGGGAGGACGACCUGAGGAGGAGGAGAAGAUUUGUGAGAAAUGCCUUCGGUUCCACGCACGCCGACAUUUCCCUCAAAACUCUGGAUGAAUACGGCACAGAGGAGGAGGAGGAGGGGCCAAAGUCCAAGAAAAGCUUCCGCAGCCAGUCGGUGGUCGCCCAAAACCCAGAGGCGGAGUUGAUGCUGGAGGGAGACGACGACGCCGUUAGUCUGCUGCAGGAGAAGGAGAUCGAUAACCUUGCUGGCCCUGUGGUUCUGAGUACUCCAGCCCAGUUGGUAGCUCCUGUGGUGGUGGCUCGAGGCACUCUGUCCAUCACUACAACUGAGAUCUACUUUGAAGUUGAUGAAGAGGAUCCUGCCUUCAAGAAGAUGGAUGCUAAAGUGCUGGCUUACUCGGAGGGUUUGCAUGGAAAGUGGAUGUUUAGUGAGAUCCGAGCUGUGUUCUCCAGACGGUACCUGCUGCAGAAUACAGGACUGGAGGUGUUUAUGGCCAACAGAACAUCUGUGAUGUUUAACUUCCCCGACCAAGCCACGGUUAAAAGGGUGGUCUACAGCCUCCCCCGGGUAGGGGUGGGAACGAGUUAUGGAUUACCACAAGCCAGGCGUAUUUCCUUGGCGACUCCUCGUCAGCUCUUCAAGUCRUCCAACAUGACUCAGCGCUGGCAGAGGAGAGAGAUCUCCAACUUUGAGUACCUCAUGUUUCUAAAUACUAUUGCAGGGAGGACCUAUAAUGAUUUGAACCAGUACCCUGUUUUCCCCUGGGUCCUGACUAACUAUGAUUCAGAGGAGCUCGACCUCACUCUACCCGGCAACUUCAGAGAUCUUUCCAAGCCAAUCGGGGCACUAAAUCCCAAGCGAGCGGCGUUUUACGCAGAGCGCUACGAGACGUGGGACGAUGACAGUACCCCUUCUCAUCACUAUACCACCUUAUACUCCACAGCUCACUCAACACUGAUGUGGAUGGUCAGAAUAGAGCCUUUUACCACGUUUUUUCUCAACGCCAAUGAUGGCAAGUUUGACCAUCCAGAGCGAUCCUUCUCUGGUAUAGGCCGUGCGUGGAGGAACUGCCAGAGGGACACAGCUGAUGUUAAGGAGCUGAUCCCAGAGUUCUACUACCUGCCAGAAAUGUUCGUCAACAGUAAUGAGUAUGAACUCGGCAUGCGGGAUGAUGGCGUUGCUGUGUGUGACGUGGAGCUUCCUGCCUGGGCYAAGAAACCUGAAGACUUUGUUCGCAUCAAUCGCAUGGCGUUGGAGAGUGAGUUUGUGUCGUGCCAGCUUCAUCAGUGGAUUGAUCUCAUAUUUGGCUACAAGCAGCGAGGUCCAGAAGCCGUCCGAGCUCUCAAUGUGUUCAACUUCCUGUCCUACGAGGGAGCAAUCAACUUGGAUAAUAUGGAUGCUGUGCAGCGUGAGGCGAUUGAGACCCAGAUCCAGGUCAGUGGUCAGGUCCCCUCUCAGCUGCUGAUUGAGCCGCACCCACCUCGCUCCUCUGCCAUGCACCUGUGUUUCCUUCCCCAGAGCCCUCUGAUGUUUAAGGAUCAGAUGCAGCAGGACGUCAUCAUGGUGCUCAAGUUCCCCUCCAACUCCCCUGUCACCCACGUGGCGGCCAACACGCUCCCUCACCUCAGCAUACCAGCAGCCGUCACCGUCACGUGCAGCCGCCUGUUUGCCGUCAACCGCUGGCACAACACAGUCGGCCUUCGAGGAGCUCCAGGAUACUCACUGGAGCAGGCUCAUCAUCUCCCCAUUGAAAUGGAUCCUCUCAUAGCGAAUAACUCAGGAGUGAACAAGCGUCAGAUAACUGACCUGGUGGACCAGAGCAUCCAGAUCAACACACACUGUUUUGUUGUCACUGCUGACAACCGCUACAUCCUGGUCUGCGGCUUCUGGGACAAGAGCUUCAGAGUGUACUCCACUGAGACCGGAAAGCUGACCCAGAUCGUGUUUGGCCACUGGGACGUGGUGACGUGUUUGGCUCGCUCCGAGUCCUACAUCGGAGGCGACUGCUACAUCGUGUCAGGCUCCAGAGACGCCACCCUUCUUCUGUGGUACUGGAGCGGACGACACCACAUUAUCGGGGACAACCCUAACAACAGCGACUACCCUGCUCCCCGGGCGGUGCUGACGGGACACGACCACGAGGUGGUGUGUGUGUCUGUCUGCGCAGAGCUGGGAUUGGUGAUCAGCGGCGCCAAAGAGGGCCCGUGCUUGGUUCACACCAUCACAGGAGACUUGCUGAGGGCCCUGGAAGGCCCGGAGCUGUGCCAGCGGCCUCGUCUCAUCUCCGUGUCCAGCGAGGGACACUGCAUCAUCUAUUAUGAGAGAGGUCGCUUCUGUAACUUCAGCAUAAACGGAAAACUGCUGGCACAAAUGGAGGUCAACGACUCCACGCGGGCUAUUUUGUUGAGCAGCGAUGGGCAGAACUUGGUGACGGGAGGUGAUAAUGGAGUUGUGGAGGUCUGGCAGGCAUGUGACUUCAAACAGCUUUACAUCUACCCAGGCUGCGACGCCGGCAUCCGCGCCAUGGAUCUCUCCCAUGACCAGAGGACCUUAAUCACGGGCAUGGCCUCUGGAAGCAUCGUGGCUUUCAACAUAGACUUCAACCGCUGGCACUAUGAGCACCAGAACAGAUACUAAGGUCGACAGCGUGAAGGAGAGGAGCGAGGAGGUGGUGUAUUCUGCCGUGUGUCUGCAGAGCGAGGGAGGAGGAGGAGGGGGGGACCACAGGUACAGUGACAGAGGAGGAAAAAAUUAGUGCCGGACCUUAAGCUCUUAUUCUCUUGAACUGAGGAUGUUGUGGCAAGUGCUGGUGGAGACGGCUUCCUCUGAGCACGUGUGUAACCACAGACACCUAUCAUACCCAGAAGAAACACACCAAACCCUUGCUGAUCCAAACAGAACGUCUGCAGGACAAAGAGCGAGUGAAGCAGACUGUGCUGAGGUCCAUCACACGUGCACCACUCACAGAGCGGCCAUCACUGCUGAUCCCGCUCUAUUUAAACCUUCCCUUAGAGAGACUUUCUUUUUCUUUUUUCUUUUGCUUCUUUUUAUUUAUUUUUCCUGUUAAGGUUCUGUUUUACAAUUUUCACUUUAGUGGGGUUUUGGUUCGUAAAUAUUUGAGUGGAUGAUAAAUUCCAGUUUCCUUCGAAGUGUUUACUUGAUUUUCACAAAGCGCACCAGCCACUCUUCAAAAAAAUUAAAAUAAAUCGGUGCUAUUGGCUUGAUCUUAAAAUUCACGGUUGGAAAAAUUGCCUGAAUUUUUAGUUGUUUAUUUUUAUGUAUAUAAUUUUGUUUUCCUUUGAUUUAAUCAGCUUGGGUUUAUUUAUUUAUUUAUUUUCCGACCACAGCAGGGUUAAAUCUUGAGUUGGAUGUAAAUAAGGCUCUGCUUCCUUUUCAGAGUCGCACUUGUUCUUUCACUACACAAACUGCGCUUCUCACCUUUAAUUUAUUAAUGACUUGCUGUAUGUAAAAUACUGUGUAAUAGUUAAUAUAACAUUGACGAGGCCGAUGCUAACGAUGGUGGUAUCCAAGAUUUUUUUUUGUUUUUGUUUUUCUUAAACUGAUGACGGUAACGAUGAGAUCUUGCCAGCGCCACCACAGAUGAUAAACACCAGACUGACAUGAUUUCCUUUUGUAUAUUUAGUGAUUGUUUUUGUCAAAUAUGUACAUAUAGUCUUGGUUCAGGCUUGGCAGGAGACUUACUCAGCUGAAUAGAACUAAAAGUGCAAAGGAAACCUUCACUCACACUCACUUGUUGAUUACUUAAAGAGGAAAAAACAACAAAGAGAAUCAACUCAAUGUAAAAGUUUGUUUUGUAUUUGCACUUUGCACCAAUCACAUAUCAUUAUUUAUUAGCUUGGUUCUUUCUGGUCGGCUGCCUUUUCCGUUUAGGUCCAUUCUCCUUUGGGAUUAUUUGUGCAUUGAUGUUUGUAUUUAAGACCGUUGAACUCAUGUGUUUUACAACCUCACAGUUGUAAGCAAUAUUAGGAUUCUGUAGCUGAUAGAGGCUGGAGGGGCGCGGAGAGAGGACGACAUGUGAGACGUACUGUAUGUGUGAAGCCAUCUCGAUCAAACAUGCACAUACUCUUAUCGACAGGUUCAACUUACGUAUCCAAAAAGGAAAAAAAAAGGUUAAAUAUUUUUGGAUCUAUGAAACCCUAAAAACUAUUGUAUUCAUGUUUUAUUGCAAAGAUGUAAAAUAUGACAUGUGUGAGUUGGAAAAAAAUCAUGAUAAGAAAAAUAAAAUAUGCAAAAGAA